AUGGUUUCGCCGUUUGGUGGCCUGGCCCGCGAGCCCGGUCUGGCGUGCGGCUCACAGAAAGUCCGUCGGUGGGUACGUGAGGAGGAGAUCUGGCCGGGCAGGGGCCCGCCCAGAAGUGCAGGUCGAUCCGACACGUGCAUCUCGCCAGCCGUGGCCCCAACCGCCAAUUGGGGGCCACCAAUCGACGCGUCUCGACGAGACGAUCAUAACGGUACAGGGCACGCCUCGCUGACGCCUCUCCCCGAGCCGUGGUGGCCGUUUGAAGUUGGAGGAGGUGUAGGUGGCGCCCUCACAGGCGCUGCGCCCACUGUACCUGAUCUUGCAGACCUCCACUGCGUGUCCCUUCAUACAAGCUUGCAGGCUCCGUGCCUCGCGGCCGGGGGGUUCACAGUGGCUGGUCGACCCCCACGAAAGCGGCUCCUCCGGGUGCACGUCGUACUGGGGAUGCCUGGAAUACAGCGGCUGGGGCUUGCCCCGACCGCUGCCGGAUGGGCUCUGUGGAUGGCUGGCCGCUGGUCACGCCUGAAACCCGAGCGACAGGAGGCAACCACGCGUGGCGGACACCGCAAUGGUAGAAGCCGCGCGCUGAGUCCUCCUCCUGGGGCCCCCCCAAGCCGCACCGCCCCCCUACGGGGCAUCAGUGUGGUGGAAGGACGCCCUGGGGAACUGAGAGGGGGAAAGCGGAUUGCCCAACGCGGCGCUGCAGGCCUGGCCAGCAGCGCUUCAGCGGGCGCGCCCUCGGGCGCCACCCAGUAA